CAAGAAGCGCUUGUAAACAGAGAGCCGGGCCGGGAUGGUCUGUGGCGGAAAGGGCCGUGACCGUGAGGAGAGCUGGCUGCCAAAGCCGAACCCCAGCCAGAAGAAGGCUGCAGGCCCCGCAGGUGAAGGGGGAGAAGUAGCCGGCGGCCAGGAAAUUAAAGAUGGUGGUGACAUUGCCUUGACAAGCACUUCCUGUUGUCUUUAUAGAGGUCUCACUGAAGAAUAAUCUCAAAGGAAUGUUUGUCUCCCAGUACCUUUGUUGAUGAUUGUUGUCAUCUAGCAGAUGCUUUUAAUGUCCCAGAAAACAUCAACCACCCUUGUGCUUGACCUGCUCUGGGCAGCUGAAUGAAAGUUCCUUCCAGUUGUUUCCAGAACUCUGUUGCCCAGAACACCUCUCUUCGUCGGGUGAAUGUUCAUGAAGCCCUUUCCUGAACCAGCUUAGGAGGCUUAGGCCGCUUGGAGCCUGUGACAUGGAAGCUUUGGAAGUGGAUGAUAUCAGCCCAGCCCUGGAAGUUACUGAGGAUUUCUUUAGUACUUUUGAUAGUAAGCUAGAAAAGGCUGUGCAGCAAGCAGAGGUUUAUGGGAUUCAGGAAGUCCCUGAACUGGUGGGGCAUGAGGUCCUCAGUAACAUAGACAAUGGUGCCAUCAGAAAUGUCUCCUCCCUGGGCAAGGGAGGCAUGAUCUGGGACCAUUGUAAGACCAGGUUCUUAGAAACCAAAGCUCAAAAUGUCUUCCCUGCCAAAGAACAGUUUAUGGUCCAGAAAGGGACAACCCCAGAUAAUCUGUCCUGGAUGGAACAAAAGGAAGCUUCAACCUUUGAGUUUUUCAACAUCUGUCAGCGUCGGAGGGACAGACCUCGUUCUGUGAAUGACUUAUUGGAUGAGACCUCUACUUUUAAGCCCGGCCAUGCUCGAUCGAGGUCCGAUGUUACCCAGGUGGACUGGCGGGUGGUCCUCAAAACCACGCCUCUGCAGCAGCAGCAACAACCACCUCUUCAGGGCCCUCACUUCACCAGGCCGUCUUUCCUGUUGUCCUCAUCAGACAAGGUAGAAGAUGCUCAAGGAAAUAUGGAACACAAGCAGGCAUUCCCAAACAUUCUGAAAAAGGGUUACCUGGAGAUUCGGAAGGACCAUGACAGUUACUGGCAAAGCUGUUAUGCAGAACUGUCCCCCUACAGCUUAUACUUCUACAGCCUCGACAGCAGUGGGAAUCAAAACCUCUACGCCACGUACCAGCUGUCACACUUCCAGAGCAUAUCUGUUCUGGGCAACCUCGAGGCCAGGCUGGUGGAUACUGUUCUGUAUGACAACACUCAGCUGCAGCUGAAGGCAGAGUCGCCAUGGGAGGCUUUGGACUGGGGGCAGAAGCUUUGGGAAGGUGUGCACGCCGCCGCGCCUGCUUACGGGGGACGGCCAGGGGAGCUGGCUGACUCACCGGGGCUCGGUCAUCAUGUCGACUGUGCACAGAAUCGUUGCUUGCAGAAGAAGUCCAGCGAGCUGCUCGUGCCAUCCCCUGUCUUGGAUAGCCCCAAAGAGUACCAAAACAUCCUCAAAUCGGGGACGCUGUACAGGCUGACCAUCCAAAACAACUGGAAGGCAUUUACGUUUGUCCUGAGCAGGGCCUACCUGAUGGCUUUUCAGCCCAGCAAGCUGGACGAGGAUCCCCUGCUGAGCUACAAUGUGGAUGUGUGUCUGGCCGUCCAGAUGGACACCCUGGAUGACUGUGACUCUUGCUUUCAAGUCAUUUUCCCCCAAGAUGUCCUCCGCCUCCGUGCUGAGACCCGGCAGAGGGCCCAGGAGUGGAUGGAGGCUCUGAAAACAGCUGCCAAUGCGGCAAGGAGUUCAGAACAAAACCUGCAGGUCACGCUGAGGACCAAAGCCAAGGAUCAGAUGGGUGGGCAUGAACUCAGGAAGAACAAACGCCAGUCUGUGACCACCAGCUUCCUCAGCAUCCUGACGACUUUGUCUUUGGAACGAGGACUCACUGCUCAGAGUUUCAAAUGUGCAGGAUGCCAGCGGUCCAUAGGCCUUUCCAAUGGGAGAGCCAAGGUGUGCAAUUACAGCGGCUGGUAUUACUGCAGCAGCUGCCACGCGGACGACAGUUUUCUCAUCCCGGCCCGCAUAGUCCACAACUGGGAUACUUCAAAGUAUAAGGUGUCUAAGCAGGCCAAAGAGUUUCUGGAGUACGUGUACGAAGAGCCCCUGAUCGACAUCCAGCAGGAGAACCCCAUGCUGUACGGACACGCCGAGCCGCUGGCCACCGUGGUGCGCCUGCGGCAGCGGCUGAAAUCGCUGCGAGCCUAUUUGUUCAGCUGCCGGGCAGCGGUGGCCGAGGAUCUGCGCCGCAGAAUUUUCCCCAGAGAAUACCUCCUUCAACAGAUCCACCUGUAUUCCCUCGCUGAUCUGCAGCAGGUGAUAGAGGGAAAGCUGGCUCCAUUCUUGGGCAAGGUCAUUAAAUUUGCCGCCUCACACGUGUACAGCUGCAGUCUUUGUAGCCAGAAGGGGUUCAUCUGUGAAAUCUGUAACAAUGGAGAGAUCCUCUACCCUUUUGAGGAUAUUUCAACAAGCAGGUGUGAAAGCUGUGGAGCCGUUUUCCACUCUGAAUGCAAAGAAAAGUCUGUCCCCUGCCCAAGGUGUGUCCGCCGAGAGCUGCAGAUGAAGCAGAAGUCUUUCUGGCGGAGGCUGAACAUGGACGAGAGCCUGGAGGAGGCUUGCAACAUGUUUGAGCUGUCCUUCCAGAACACCUGACUCAGCGGGAGCCCAAGGCCGGGCAGUGACCUCUCAAGCAUCCAUCAGCCCCAAUGGCUUCCUAACUAGCCAGUUAGACCCCUCCGGGAGAAGAGUACGUCUCACCCUCAGCUAGAUAUAGAUAUAUAUUUAUAAAUGUACACACACACAUACCUAUACGUCCUGUACGUAUGUUCUGUAUAAGUCGUUGUCCUAAAGGUCCAUGGAGCUUUGUGGCUCAAAAAAUUACCAGUAGCCGAAUUAUACUUAGCCAUGAAUUUCAGCUGCUUGCUCCCAAGCAAAACGUGUUUUACACACAAGGCUUUAUAGUUCAGACUUUUUUUUCGGCUCUCAAGGGCCAUUUAUUACACGGGACACAGGAGAAAGCAUUUCCUGCAGAGCAACAGUGCUUCGAGUUAUUUCUGUGUUAUUUAUUUUUAGCCUUCACGGAGGAUGAGGUAACUGAGGCAAGCACCCAUCAUCAUAUUUCAUAAGAAAAUCUUCAAAACACAGCAAUGACUCCUGGAUCCUUCCAGGACCCGGUGUCCCUGGCUCUCACCUCGGUAUCUUCGCAGAGGCAGAGUUCACCUCAGCUGAGUUGAAUGGCUUGGAAAUCAGGAGUGCGAGCUCCCUCUGACAGAAAGCAUGUGGCCCUAAUUUAUUAGGGGAGCUAAUGCUGGUUCUGAAGUUAAUCUCAGAAAGGGUUUUGCUUGAGAAAAGACCUCAGUAACCUACAUGUUGUCGGUCUGUUUGCUGGUACGAAUCCCGACGCCUGCCCAGUGAUGUGACGCUCCACGGUAUUUGCCAGGCUGGAAACAUGGCUCUCUUAAGACCAGUCUUCCAGGAGUUUCAUGGGUGACGGUUACGAUUUUUUAAUGGUGCUGGCCUGAGGAAAUUGCCUAGGAUUGUUGUUAAAUACAUCGGUUUAUAGACCAGGAGGUCGGAUGUAGAGUACGGACAUUCCAAGAGAUGGUCUGCAAUUUCUUUUCACAGAAUCCUGUGUAGGCAAUUCCCACCUAUUCAUUAUAAGUGCUUUAUUUUUCAUUGUUCUUCAUUGCCCUCUCAUUUUGACUUUUAAUUUGUCAAUGUAACCACUUCUGCUUUCAUAUUUUUUAAUUGUCUUGAAAAAUCAGAGUAACUUGGAACUUUAAAAUAUCAACUUUAGACUAUUAAGAAAAUACCAAACUUACAAAUACAAUUAAUGAAUUAAAUCUGAUAUGAUUUAAAUAAAUAUAUAUACACAUAUGCAAUUGCCACCAUAAACUGAAAUGAAAAGUACUAGGAUAAUAUAGGAAUAAGAAAUAGAAUGAAUCGCUUAGGCAUUUGGCAGGGGAAUGUUCUCCCUCUGCAGGGCCCUUUUAAGAGCCAGCGUAGCAGUCACUGUGACCCAAAUGGCAGGUAGGAUGGCACUGGAAAUCGUGGCUCCCAUUCCUUCCACAUUAACUCUUUCCAGAACAGAAAAAUAAGCUUAUAUUGAAACAAUUCUCAAUAGGCUGUAUGAGAAGAUCCUGUAUAUUUCCACUGAGCAGAUGCCUUCAAUGCCUUCAUGGUUUAGUAGUUUCACCGCUAGUAGGAUCUGGAGAAUCAGUGGCUCACAAAGUCCAUGGGACAUUUCACCCCAUUGCUCCUUUCCACCACACCCGGCUCCCUCCGGAUCCCAACUCAUGAUGCUUCCGUCCGUUGAGAGACGAGACACUUCAGCCUCACUUUUGUGCAGACUGCUGGGUGUGCGCAUUUCACCUCUCUACCCAUGCCAGUUCUUUUGGCCUCAGGCCACACAUUUCAGUGUAAUAGCUCAGCACCACGCAUGCAUUUAUUUUCUGAUUAUACAGUAGCUAUAACCAAGGCAUGAAAACUUGUUAAAAGGCCAGGGCGCUAUUCAUGAGACACCUUACGGUGCAAUUUACUCUUAGAAAAACAAGUUGACUCCCCCCAGCGCCCACCCCACUCCACUUUAUAGAGGCUGUCGCACACAAAAGAAAAAGGGUGGAAAAUCUCAAGCACUUGGCAAACAGGCAAACAAAUUUGAUCAUCUCCCCUUUCCUCCUCCCUUUCGUGAAAUACAGUAUUUAUAUUUUCCAGCCUCAGAGAAGAUAGCAGAACAUGAUCUUUCACAAGAGAAUUAUAGACCUGCUUAUUAUAAAACAGAUGUGCUCUGAUGGCAAAGUGCCUUUUUCCCUCCGCCCCCAGCUCCCUGUCACUCUAGCUUACUUCUGCCUUUGCCGUAAUUAAUGUAUCUGUGAUUCCGACUGUCAGCGAGGCCGUCCCCAGCACACUGCAUUUGGGAGACCUGAAGUGCAAGGCCGUCUCCUCCCCUUCUAGCGUAUUCACUGUAUGUACAGAAUUUCCUGUCCCAUCUCACAGGCACCCAGGGCCAGACCCGCCGAAAGUCAGGGUGACAUUCUGGAUAUCUGUUCUCAAGGCCUCUGCUUUCACCGGGCCCAUUUAGAGGCCCUGCUGAAUAUUGGCAGUCCCUGUGAACUCAUAAGGAGAACUUUCCACCCACAUCGUUUUCUGCUUAUUUUGAAAAGGGGGGGGGGGUGGAAUGAAUGAGCUAUCAUCACCAGCUACCCAGAACUGGAACCGUACCCCAGCUGCUUCUGUUUUCUCUCCUCUUCGUGGAGCCCUGACAGCCCGGCCGGUGCCGGCCGCAGGCCCACAUGACACGCUCGGCCACCACCCCCCAAAUCUAAUAGGACAGAGCAGAGCCGGCUUAGGAGUUGGGUCUGCCACGAAAAUUCAAAAUUGCUAUUUUCAGCCCAGAAUGCCGUAGCGCACAUGAACGCCCUUACUGUUUUCAGCACUAACAAAUUACUUGGGGCACUGUAGGCAAUUGUUCCACUGCUUAGAAACUGUCGAAACAAAAGCAGAUCUGUGGAUUACCACCUCCUUAAGACCAGGCUAAUACCUGCUUUCCCUCAUGGUCCGUUUUUCAUCUCAUAUUAAAUAUCUUGCACAUAAAGCACAUGAGAAAAUGGCCAAUUAAUCUCGUAGAGCUGGCAGCCGACUCAGGGCAACCUCUUUUCUCUUGAAAGGCCCAUUCCCUGGUGUAUCACUUGAGGAAAUCCCUCCUCACAGUGCCAGAAACUCAUGUGUGAGACAGUCCAACCCUGGUGAAAUGUUGGCAUCUCACCCUGCAGUAAAGAGGCCAGUUCCUAAAAUAGACCUCAGUUUGCACCGCGGCAGGAAGGCCGCAAAGUACUUAAAAAGCAGUCAACUGGGAUGGGAGUCAUGUUCUCUCCAGGGCGGCUCUUUCUCGAAGUUGAAUGCUCUUUGUAUGAAAACCAUGUAAACUCUCAUCUUCCCCCUUUGCUUCAUUGCCUUUUCAGGGGACUGAUUUAUAGUUGUCUUCAUGUUUGUUGUGCUAAAGGGUAGUCUUUUUAGGAGCUUUAAUACUUGGUUAGCUGAGAAGGCAAUCGCUUUUGGAUUCUUCUAGAAUAGGCCUCUACCAAAAAGGGAAUAUCUCUAGGACUUGGGAUCUGUGGUUUCCAACCAACCCAGUGAUGUCCUUCAGACUCCCACUGAGGGACUGGGCCGUGAUUUCCUUCUGGCUGCAGUGACAGCCAAGCUGUUCAUACCGCUCUAGCUGCUGUAGGCAGCCUUUGCUAAGCUGGAAUGAGUGCCCUUGCAUGCGGUCUGGCCUCUGUUUUUGUCUCUGCAUCUGUACACACUGAACAUUGACACUGGAUAGUUUCUUCCCAUACUUUCUUGAAAAGGCUUGGCUUCCAAACCUGUGGCUUUCUUCUCUACCCAUUAGCCAGAAAAGGCCAUACGUAAAUUACUAUAUCAGGGUAGGACUUGCAAGAGGCCGCAAAUGUUUAGUAACAUUUUCUGCAGAGAGGCAUUAUCUGAGGAAGCCAAGGUACGCUCUGCUCCUAAUUUAGGGUUAAGCCAAUGCUGCUGUUCUUGUGUUUGGGCAGACUUCCUUACCUUCACUGAUCUGUGUUGAAAUCACUGGAUUGUGAAAUAAACCUUCAACUCCUGAUUCUAAUACUGCCUGGAGUCAACACAAAGGUGAUUUUAUUUUUUUUUUUACUUCUCCCGGUAAAGAGAGAUGCGUGCGGUUUCCCCUUUAUUUCUUGAGUUUUCUGCCUCACGACUAUCCUUCCUCUAAGAUAAUGUGAAAAAGCAGAGAAUUGGGGGCAAAACUGAGAGAAGUGAACAUGCCCUCGUUGGCCUGAAUUGAGUCAUCGGAAGCACUCUCCGUUUUCCUUUCCCUGGUCCUUGUUAACAACUGGGCAUUAACAACACAGCUCCGAGUGUUGUGUACCCUGCACCAUUCUUCUAACCCUCAGUUCUACCCUAGUAGAACUAACUGCCCGACUUGACUACUUGAACCCAGUGAUGGGUGAACAAGCCCUGCUCAGUUCAUCGGAACAGACAAAUGUGAUUUCUAUCAUGUGGGACAGUGUCUCGACAGUUAGGCCCCAGCACCCCAAGUCAUUGUUAAACUCUAGAUUAAAGUCAAAAGAAAAGUGUGGAACACCAUUCCAAGCACACCCGCAGUUGUCAGGGCUUUUAUUUUAAAUGGGCUCCAAGUGAUCACGCGAUAGGGCCCUCUCCCCCUACAGUGGCCUCCAGUGUGAUGGAAGGCUCUGUUAACCUCAAGUGAAAACACAGCUGCUGUUUUGCUUUGGUUCCUCCCUGUGGAAAGAGACACCAUCUUGUUAGAAAGGUCUGGAGUGAAGCCAGUUGUUACCCAGGUAGAAGAUUCAGGCGCUUGCAGCAACUCUUAGCACAGUAAGAUUCCCUGCUAGGCCACUGAGCUGCAGCCCAGCCUCUCUCCCCUUCCCUUGAUCUUCCUCGCCCCAGUCCUGAGCCCAGAUUCAGGCCUCAUGGCUGGUAAACUGGCUGGUGGACCACUGGGCCCUGUGGCUCCUUCUCAUGUUGGCCGUUGCAUUCGUUUCCUUUCCCCGUGGGAGUGCCUUACAGCACUGCCUAGUGUUUCUAGUCUAGACUCUCUGACCCGCUUGAGGCCUGCAGGACCCUUUGCCUCAAUACGGAUCACUUUGCUUCUUCCCUGCUGGCUGCUCUUUAGACAGGCAAGCUCGGAGCCUGCAUGUUCCACAAGCAUGUCAGACCUUUCACCUUCAUUUAACCUGGUGCCUUAUCCUCAUGAGUACAAGGAUUCCUGUUGGAAACACAUUGUCAAAUCAGACUGGUGGAAGUGCUACUUGGAGCCAUUGACACUUACCAGGAAGUACAAAAGUUACAACCACA